GUGAGAAUGGGCUCCCCGGGCCCCCUGGAGGAAAAGGUGAUAAGGGUCCAACAGGAGUCCCAGGAUUUCCUGGUUUAGAUGGUGUGCCUGGACAUCCUGGAAUUGAAGGGGCAAGGGGCAGACCUGGCUUGAAUGGCUGCAAUGGUUCAAGAGGAGAUCCCGGAUUUCCAGGAGAGACAGGAUAUAUUGGACCAAGAGGCUCACUUGGUAUUCUUGGGCAAAAAGGAGAAAAAGGAAACUCUGUGUAUAUUUCAGAUUUCAUUAAAGGUGAUCCCGGAGCAAGAGGUGAACCAGGGCUCCCUGGCAUACCUGGACCUAGAGGCAAUAGGGGACCAAGGGGCCCAUAUGGAUUCCCAGGCCAACCAGGCUUGCAAGGUGCUCCAGGCCUUCCUGGGUUGUCAGGUGAAAAGGGCAGUCCAGGGGUUGGAGUGGAGGGACAAAAGGGGGAGCCGGGUGAUUUUGGACCACCCGGAUCUCCAGGACAGCCAUUGUUGGUUGGGCCUCCUGGUUCUCACCUGGUUAAAGGAGAAAAGGGUGUAAAAGGAAUGUCAGGGGCAGUAGGACCCAAAGGAUCACCUGGACCCAAAGGUGCACCUGGAAAUGGAGAAAAGGGUGAAAAAGGUAUUCCUGGAGUCCCUGGAAUGCAGGGUAGCCCUGGUUCCUGUGGAGCUGUAGGUUUUCCAGGAAUAAAGGGGGAAAAUGGAGUUCCUGGUGUUCCUGGUCAUGCUGGUUAUGCAGGCAUAAAGGGGGAUCGUGGAGAACGAGGGCAACCAGGCCUGCCUGGAUUUUUUGGAACACCACCUGUUGCUAUGAAAGGUCCUCAAGGGGAUACUGGAUCACCAGGUCCUUCUGGAGAUAAUGGGUCGAUUGGACUAACUGGUCCUCCGGGCCCAUUGGGAAGACCUGGCGAAGAU